UCGCAGUGUGAGUCGGGACGGUGGCGCCCUUUACCAAUGUCUGCCUGCUCUUAGGAAAGGUGCGUGUCCGCUUCGGUCGCCCGGCUAGGAAUGCGCCUUUCGGCUUUGACGCUUGUUAAAUUUUGGGUGGAAGAAACAUUAGUGAAAAAGGUGGUUGAUAAAAGUAGAGGCAUGCGCUGGCAUAGUUUUCGUCUGUAGUAUAUUGUCGUGCGAACUUGAUUCACCAACGUUGAUUAAUAUCUAGCUGACUAGCUAGCUAAGUAGGAUAGCUUACUUGCUAGCCCUGGCUGUUUAGCUAGCUAUCUUUUGGUGUUGGCUAAAGAAGUCUAGCAGGAGAUAACCCGAUUGAUUGUAGACAGCAACCUGUACUUUGAGAGACGAGGGGGUGGAACACGGGCCGGGGGGUUGGGAGGAAAACGACGGGGGAGACGUGAGCCAAGAGCGGCCGAUGAGUUCGGACCAGGGCGGAGAGCCGCGGCUGCUGCAGGAGGAGGCUGAUCCGGGGCCGAAGACCUGUGGGGAGCAAGAGACACCACUUGGGAUCGGGGGAGGAUCAGGCGGCAUGGUCACCUCCAAGGGCGCAGGUCUGAACCCCAAUGCCAAGGUGUGGCAGGCCCCUGCUGAUGGCCCCGACGGAGCACAGUGGCCGCCGGCUGACAUCACUGAAGGUUAUUCCGAGUCUGUGCCCUCCACUGGUUGUAAACCGUACAUGGUAGGCUUCACCACCCUGGAGGACAGCAGCUCCUCCGCAGCAGCCUCAGCUGAGAUCACUGUGAACGGCAUGGAUCCUCCAGACCUGGCGUUCACCCCUGCUGAGACUACAACUGGGACCUUGGGGGAGACCAAGCUGACCGAGGAACAGCCCCUCUCGUCAGAGAACCUGACAGAGUCCCUCAAGAAAGAGCUGGAGUUCUACUUCUCUCGGGAGAACCUGUCCAAGGACCUAUACCUGAUGUCCCAGAUGGACAGUGACCAGUUUGUCCCCAUAUGGACCAUCGCCAGCAUGGAGAGCAUCAAGGCCCUCACUACUGACAUGGAGCUCAUCCUGGACGUGCUCCGAUCCUCUCCAAUGGUUCAGGUGGAUGAGCAAGGAGAGAAGGUGCGUCCUGAUCACAAACGCUGCAUCAUCAUACUGAGGGAGGUUCCUGAGACGACACCUGUAGAGGAAGUGGAGGCUCUCUUUAAAAGUGAUGACUGUCCGAAAGUCAUUAGUGUAGAGUUUGCGCACAAUAACAACUGGUACAUCACAUUCCAAUCUGACACUGAUGCUCAACAGGCACACAGAUAUCUAAGAGAAGAGGUGAAAACAUUUCAGGGAAAACCUAUCAUGGCGAGGAUAAAAGCCAUCAACACAUUCUUUGCUAAGAAUGGGUACCGUAGCAUGGACAGCAGCCUGUACACAGCCCAGCAGUCUGCCCCGACCCAGACCCAGUACAACCCUAACCUGUACAUGCAGCACGUGUACAGCCCUCAGCAGCAGUACCCUCUCUACGGCAUUGUACCACAGACCUGGACAACCUCUCCUACACCCUACUUCGAGACUCCGCUGGCACCAUUUCCCAACAGUGGCUUUGUGAAUGGAUUCAGUUCUCCUGGACACUACAAGACUGGCAACAACUCCCUCCACAUAACUCGCCCCUUCAACAGAAACCGGAACCAUGUGAAACCCCAGGUGGGGAGACCAGGUGAAGUGACCCCUACAUCUGUGGCCCCUGUCCCCUUGGAGAGCUUGACUGGCCUGAGGAGCCCUCAGCCCCCCACCACCAACCCUGGGCCCCUCCAGACCCCUCCGGACCCGACCUCAACCUUCCCCCACCUCUCCUCCACCUCCUCGGACCCCAAUGAUGACGGAAGCAUGUCUGUACGUGGAAGAAGGACGACAUACAGAGGCACGCGAAGGAGGAGAGAGGAUGAGCGGAUCACGAGACCCGUCCCUCUGGCUGAGGUAAAGGUGGCGCCCCCUAAGUUUGACCUGGCUACUACUAGUUUCCCCCCGCUGCCGGGCUGUGUGGCCAGUACCCAGGGAGAGCCCCUACUGGAGAACAGGAUGUCUGACGUGGUGCGAGGACUGAACAGGGACAAGACAACGGAACUAGCCAACAAGGAAGUGAGUGCCGCCCCAGGACAUGAGGAGGCAGUGUCUGUCUCUAGUCUUGUUCAGCCUACAGCCAAACUUGCUGUACACCCUCAAGCACCCCCCGCCCCUGUCCCAGCCCCCAGCGUACCACAUCAGGAGAAGAAGUGGGAUAGGGUGGCAGAGCCCUCAGCCCCCAAAGUCACCCCACAUAGACGUGCUAUCUCUGGGGCCAACCCAACCGGACCCCCCUCCACACAGCCAGCUGUGUCUGGCCCCAAGCCCCAACCCAGAACAGUGUCCUCUACACCAGUUACACCGAGCACCCUGGCCUCUACUACCACCACCACCACCACCACUACUACCCCUGCACCACUGGAGCCCCGCAAGCUCAGCUAUGCCGAGGUGUGCCAGCGAGCCCCCCCUCCAGGCCCCCCAGCCUCGGCCUCCUCCACACCAGCCCAGCCGCUGCGUGAGCAGCGUGUCAACAAAGCAGAGGAGCCAGGAUCCAGCUCCACCACCAGCCCAGACGACCACACCAGGGGAGAUCGGCAGGACAAGGCCCAGGAGAGGGAUGGGGGCUGGGAGUGCAAGGAGAGCCGACCACGUGACCGUGACCAUCGAGACCGUGACUCCCGGGAUGGACGGUACUACCGCAACAAUGGACCCCCCAGACAGGGGGGCUCUGGGGGCCUCAAGUUCCAUGAACAGAGACGGGGUCCCCAACUGGCCCGACGCAGCUCCCCCCAAGGAUGCCCCCGACACACUGGCAAAGAGCAGAACAUCCCCCCGGUAUCGCCAAAGUAAAACUUCUGAUAUGACUGAUGAAAACAAACAAAAGUGUGACAUAUAUGGAUAUAUAUAUAUAUAUAUA